AUGGCGGCUGAACUUAACACCACCACUGAUGGCAAGUUUUUGAUCCAUUUUUUUUAAAACCAAAUUGCUCGAUCAAUAUUUCAAAACCGAGCGCCGCGAGUAAACAUACGCAUUUGCAAUUCUCUCGCUCCACUUGGCCCUUCAAUUCUAUUGAUUUUCGAUCCUAAAUCUGUGAAUCUUUUACAUCGCUACACAUUUAUUAGACUCUAUUCUUUUUACAACUUUCUUCAAAUUUAUUGGGUGUCUCUUUGUAGUGUUCAUCCACUCUUUGUUUGCGAGAGCGAGCGCAGGGAGGUCCUCCUCCCCCUCUCUCUUACUGUCUGAUCCCUCCUCUAUUGCGCACUCUCUUGCAAGACAUUCCUGAGCAGCUGACCCUACGAGGUCCAUCCGCUCACGUCCUUCUUCAUUUUAUCUAACUCACUCUCCGCUGCUGCCGCGCCUUGCCCUCAGUGGGGGUACCAGCACACCUGCUUCUUUCGCUGUUUCUCUCUGUUCAUCUCCCUCCACGUAGUAGUGUCUGUCACUGUGUCUCCGAGAGACUGUUUGGCCUCUCCUCCGUCCAUCCCGCGCAGAGGCCCAAUUUCGUCCUCUUUCUCCUCGUUUUCCUCGUCUUCUAACACCAGUCCUAGAGGCCUUCUGUUGCUGCGCGGAGGCAGAGAGAAAUGGCGAUGCAAUUUUGAUUUUUCCUUCUCCUUCUCUCCAUUCCGUCUGAACCUGUCCAACACGACAGAUUGCCGGAUCGAUACUUUUUCUUGUUUUCUGUUCUCUUUCAUAAUAUCCCUGUUUUCAGAGCCUUCGAACGUCUCGAACGAACAAAUGUCGGGCGGGCCGCAAUACCUACCAGGGGUUAUAAAUCCGACACAACAACCCGUCGCCACCGGAUCAUCACUGCUCCACCAGAACGGUCCGCUCGUUUCCCAAGUGGUCCCGUCGGCCGGGGCCUCUGCCCAGUUGGCUCAGACCGCUGCAUCGACGGCCCUUCAGAACGAUCUAGAGGUGAGUGGGUGUUUGGGCAGAAUCGACCCGAUGUGAAUGGUAGAUAAAUAUGCAUAAGAGGACUUGCGCUCAUGUCGUAGAAAAUACCGUAAACAGUGAUCGAUCGAAGGAGAUGUUUUUAGGAAAUUUUCAAUGCUGCUCCUCCAAAUCAGCCAGUUUCCUUCUCUGAUGUUCCUCAGCGUCAGGCAGGAAGUUUGGCUCCAGGAGCCCCGAUCGGAAACACAGGAGUGUCCAUUGGAGAACCGUCGACUAUUGGGACACAACUUCCGGGAAUCGGAGCGCCAGGACAGAUCUUAGGGUAAGUCAAAUCGAAAUUUUAUAGAAUUUAUAGGAAAUUGAGCCAUUUUUUUUAGUGCACCUCAAACAGGACUUCAAUUCCAAUGCCCACGAAGACCGAACCACGGAGUCGAAGGACGUUCCAUCCUUUUGCGCGCCAACCAUUUUGCCGUCAGAAUUCCGGGAGGAACCAUCCAACACUAUCAAGUCGACGUCACUCCGGACAAGUGCCCACGACGCGUCAAUCGGUAAUAAUACGAAUUGACACACUUUUUGUGUCUAACUAGUCAUUCUUCUUCAGGGAAAUCAUCAACUGUCUCAUUCACUCGUUCGCAAAGUAUUUCAACGCAAUCCGCCCGGUUUAUGACGGUAAAAGGAACAUGUACACAAGAGAGCCUCUUCCGAUUGGAAGAGAACGCAUGGAUUUCGAUGUGACUCUGCCAGGAGACUCUGCCGUCGAGCGUCAGUUUGCCGUUUCGCUCAAGUGGGUCGGACAAGUUUCCCUUUCCACUCUGGAAGAUGCCAUGGAAGGAAGAGUCCGUCAGGUUCCGUUCGAGGCCGUCCAGGCCAUGGAUGUGAUCCUUCGUCAUCUGCCGAGCUUGAAGUACACUCCGGUUGGACGCUCCUUCUUUUCGCCUCCAAUUCUCACUCCUGGAGGCGUGCCGGGUACCCAGAGCGGUGGAUCUUCCCAGUCUUCUGGAUCGAUCAUUUCUGGAUCUCACUCUGCGGGACAGUACCAUGCGGAGAGCAAACUGGGAGGAGGACGCGAAGUCUGGUUUGGAUUCCAUCAAUCUGUUCGUCCAUCCCAAUGGAAAAUGAUGCUCAACAUUGACGUCUCCGCUACCGCUUUCUACCGCUCGAUGCCAGUCAUCGAAUUCAUUGCCGAAGUGCUCGAGCUGCCAGUGCAAGCUUUGGCCGAGCGUCGUGCUCUGUCCGAUGCUCAGAGAGUCAAGUUCACCAAGGAAAUCCGUGGGCUCAAGAUCGAGAUCACUCACUGCGGACAGAUGCGCAGAAAGUAUCGCGUGUGCAACGUGACCCGUCGCCCGGCUCAAACCCAGACAUUCCCGCUUCAAUUGGAGACUGGCCAGACUAUCGAGUGCACUGUCGCCAAGUACUUCUACGACAAGUACAGAAUUCAGCUCAAGUACCCGCACCUUCCAUGUCUUCAGGUAAAAUAGAUAACCACCUUAACUGUUUUGAUUUCAAAUUUAUCCUUUUUUCAGGUCGGACAAGAGCAAAAGCACACGUACCUGCCGCCAGAGGUGUGCAACAUUGUCCCAGGACAGCGUUGCAUCAAAAAGCUGACCGAUGUGCAGACCUCCACCAUGAUUAAGGCCACCGCCCGUUCGGCUCCAGAACGCGAGCGUGAGAUCAGCAACUUGGUCCGCAAGGCCGAGUUCUCGGCCGAUCCAUUCGCCCACGAGUUUGGAAUUACCAUCAACCCGGCGAUGACUGAAGUCAAGGGACGUGUUCUGUCUGCUCCGAAACUUUUGUACGGAGGACGUACUCGUGCCACUGCUCUUCCGAACCAGGGAGUCUGGGACAUGCGUGGAAAGCAAUUCCACACUGGAAUCGACGUGCGCGUCUGGGCCAUCGCUUGCUUUGCUCAGCAACAACACGUCAAGGAGAACGACCUCCGCAUGUUCACCAACCAGCUCCAGCGCAUUUCGAACGAUGCCGGUAUGCCGAUCGUCGGCAACCCAUGCUUCUGCAAGUACGCCGUCGGAGUCGAGCAGGUUGAGCCAAUGUUCAAGUACCUCAAGCAGAACUACUCUGGAAUCCAACUGGUUGUUGUGGUUCUUCCCGGAAAGACUCCAGUUUACGGUAGGCAUUCAAUUGACUUGUUGUGAUUUGUAAUUUAAAAAAUUUUUCAGCUGAGGUCAAGAGAGUAGGAGACACCGUCUUGGGUAUUGCUACCCAGUGCGUGCAGGCCAAGAACGCUAUCCGCACCACUCCACAGACCCUGUCGAACUUGUGCUUGAAGAUGAACGUUAAGCUCGGAGGAGUGAACAGCAUCCUUCUGCCAAAUGUCCGCCCACGGAUCUUUAACGAACCGGUCAUCUUCUUUGGAUGCGACAUCACGCACCCACCAGCAGGAGACUCUCGCAAGCCGUCCAUCGCCGCUGUCGUCGGGUCGAUGGAUGCUCACCCGAGCAGAUACGCCGCCACAGUUCGUGUCCAGCAGCACCGUCAGGAAAUCAUCUCGGACCUGACCUACAUGGUCCGCGAGUUGCUCGUUCAGUUCUACCGCAACACUCGCUUCAAGCCGGCCAGAAUUGUUGUCUACCGUGAUGGAGUGUCCGAGGGACAGUUCUUCAACGUGCUCCAGUACGAACUUCGUGCGAUUCGUGAGGCGUGCAUGAUGCUCGAGCGCGGAUAUCAGCCAGGAAUCACCUUCAUCGCUGUCCAGAAGAGACAUCACACUCGUCUCUUUGCGGUCGACAAGAAGGACCAGGUCGGAAAGGCGUACAACAUUCCACCUGGAACUACAGUUGAUGUCGGAAUCACUCACCCGACGGAGUUUGAUUUCUACCUGUGCUCCCACGCCGGUAUCCAAGGAACAUCUCGUCCUUCCCACUACCACGUACUCUGGGAUGACAACAAUCUUACUGCCGAUGAGCUCCAACAGCUCACCUACCAAAUGUGCCACACCUACGUCAGAUGCACCCGUUCCGUCUCGAUCCCGGCACCGGCCUACUACGCUCACUUGGUCGCCUUCCGUGCUCGUUAUCAUCUUGUGGACCGUGAGCACGAUUCUGGAGAGGGAUCCCAACCAUCUGGAACUUCCGAGGACACCACACUCUCCAAUAUGGCUAGAGCUGUGCAGGUAGGAAGCUCAUUCCAAACAGAUUUGUCGAAAAUUGCCUCGGAUUCAAACCUUUUUGGCAAAAAAUGAUCGACUUUUCAGAUAUUUUACUCGGAAAUUUGUUUUUCUAUUGAAAUUGUAUUUUUUCAGGUUCAUCCGGACGCGAACAAUGUCAUGUAUUUUGCCUAA